GUGGGUGGAUCUAGAAGUAAUGUUUCAUCACAGCUUGGAUCAGUUGUUCGAGCAACUGUGUCCAUCAACAUUAACAGUUGGAAAGAUGUUAGUGUGGUGGAUAAAAAUAAAAUAUGGGACACAAUGAAGAAAACUUAUGAUUUGGACCCCAAACAAAAGCAACAGAUGUUGAAGGAUGCGGGAAAGUACUUCCGAAAUUGGAAGACUAAUCUUACUAGGGUACACGUUUACGACGCUUUGAAAAAAUACCCAAAUGAGUUCCCGCCAGCUUUGCCAUUUGGAUUUGAGAAUGUCAUAACUCCGGAUGAAUGGUUAGCGUUUGUGAACUCAAGAUUAACUCCCGAGUGGCAAAGAAAGAGAGAGGAGAUGCAAAAUUAUCGAGCACUGAAUAAAUACAAUCACAACCUCUCUAGAGGAGGCUAUGUGCGUAUUGAAGAGAUGUUAAUGGAACAAAGUGGGAAAAGUCUGACUGAACUUGAUAGGGCAGAUUUAUGGAGCAUGGGUCGUCGGAAUGCAAAAGGAGAGCUAAUUGGAGAGGCCUCUGAGAUUCAAAAAAAUAUUGAUCAUUACCGGCAACUCCAAGCUGAGGGUAAAUGGGCACCUGAUGGCCCUGAUGAUGUGCUGACGAGGGCGUUGGGCACUCCUGAGCCUCGAGGACGUGUUAGGGCUGGAGGACACGGUGUGUCCCGCUCAGUAUAUUGGAAUACUCCAACACCUACCUCAACGAAAAAUAAAUCAAAAGCCUCUUCUUCGAAUGACGACAUUAGAAAGGAAUUUGAAGAAAGAUUUCGAAAACAAGAAGAAGAGCAUCGUCAACAAGCACAACGCCUAGAAGAGCGCCUUCAACAACAAGAUGAGCUCUUGAGAAAAUUAUUGGCCCAACAGAGCGGGUCAGGAUCUAACGUUGGAGUCCCACCAGCGCCAUCAUCAUACUAUGUGCCCGACCCACCAGUGCCACCAGCGCAGGCGUCCUACUAUACUCCGGACCCAGUAGUGCCUCAAGCAGAACACCACAUUGUUGCACUACAACCGCUUUUGCAAGAGGGCCGAGCAUGCCAAUUAGCAAUUGGUUCGGUUUCAAACAUUGUUGCAUCAGGUACACUCAUUGAAAGAGAGGCAGGCAACAACUUCCAAGUUAUGAUUACGAGUGUUCUUAAUCCUCGAACAUAUUUGCCUGAAGAAGUUGCAUAA